AUGGUUCUAAUCAAUCGUAAAUCUUUGAUUAAAUUGGUAAUGUGCCAACUUACAUGUUCCUUUAUCAUUUGGAUAUCUACGAAGUCAUUAUCCCUAAACCAUCUACAAGAUCUACGCUUGAUCAAACCACUGUACGAUAACCUUCCAACACAGAUAAGGUAUCAAACCACAAUAAAUUCUACUAUCAAGAUAAAAAGGGCCCCAGCACCCACUAACUUUUACUACAAUUCCACCGCAACUUUCAGGCCUACAAUACAAUUAAUGCACGACAUUGAAUUGAACCCUGCACCAACAAACCAAACUCACGAAAACGGUUGUUUUGAUCCUCCUAAGAAAACCAAAGGAUUGAUAAUUGGCCACCUAAACAUCCGAAGUAUUAAAUGUGCAACUAAAUUGGAUGAAAUAAAAGCACUCUUAAUUCGGAAGCCUACCAUUCACGUCAUUUCAUUCUCUGAAACUUGGCUCAAUGACUCUUGGCCGGACGACAUGCUCUACAUCCCCAAUUAUACGUUUAUUCGACUCGAUAGAUCUUCGAACACUUCCGGUGGAGGAAUUAUCACUUACAUCCAUAACGACGUGCCGUUUACCCAUAGAAGUGACUUAGGCUCCGAGAACAUUGAAACUACGUGUAUUGAGGUCAAACCCCAUUAUGUAUCACCAAUCUUAUUACUCAACGUUUACAGACCACCAUCGGCAGACAGUUCUCAUGACUACUGCUUGACAGAAAUUAUGGAGAGAGUAGCGUCAGAAAAUAAGGAAUGCUGUGUUCUUGGGGACUUUAAUAUGAAUGUUCUAUGUCAAAAAUCGAAAUCUAGCGUCUUCUUGAAACGUAUACAUCAACUCAGGCUCAAACAACUAGUCACAGUGCCAACGAGAACGGAAGCUCGAUACGUGAACGGAUCAUUCAGUGUCACUUCAACGCUCAUUGACCACAUCUACUGUUCAUCUGAAAGAAAUGUUGCGUCAAUACAUGUACCACCACUUUCUCUGAGUGAUUACUAUCCUGUCUUCCUCGUACGCCGUUGUAACGCUUCCAUGAGAUCAAAACAAAAUGAAAAGAGCACUAUUCAAUAUCGAUCCUUAUCCAACUUGAACAAAACAGAUUUUCGUGAAGAUCUACGUCUGCCCCCAUGGUCCUCAAUUGAAGCAUUUGAUGAUCCAUCUGACGCCCUGGUACGAGUUCUUCCAGAGUGUUGUUGAACGACAUGCCCCUCUCCGAACGAAAAGAGUCAAAUCCUUACAGCUGCCUAAGUGGAUGACGCCUGAAAUUCUGUCUGACAUAAAGAAACGAGAUCAGCUAAAAGCAAAAGCUCGAAACGGAACAAUAUCAUGGGAAAUGUUCAUGGGCGUACCGGAAGGAAAAAAUUGGGGGGGCGGAAAGAAAAUUGCCCGACUUUUCGGGAUUUUGCCCGACUAGUACCAAAAAUUUUUUUCCGGAAAAAUUAUUUUGGCGACCUUUCCCCCCCCCCGUCGCCAAAAAAAUUUCGGUCAGUGUACCAUUUUAGGGGUCAAAAAAUUUUUCCGGACAACAAAUUUUUUCGGAGCAUAACACAUAUUUUCGAAAAAUCACAAAAUUUGCCAAAAAAUUGACUUAAUUUCAGACAAAAUUGACAGAAUUUGUCCCAUUUUUUUUUAUUGCAAACCAAAAUUGCCCGACUGUUGAUCGAAUAUUGCCCGACUGCCCAAAAAACUGGGGGGGCUACCGCCCCCCCCCCCGCCCCCCCGCCCGGUACGCCUAUGGAAAUGUUCAGAUCAUGUAGGAACAGAAUAUCAUUUAACAUUAAACAUUAAACAAGCGAAAAAGAAUUACUUUGCACACGAAAUUUUACAGAACAAACAUGACUCGAGGAAACUAUGGAAAGUGAUGAAAGAAGCGGGAAACUUGAACUCCAACAAAACAACACCAAACGAGAUAAUCGAUAAUGGAGUUUCGGUCACAAACCCAGCCAUAAUUGCACAGUUGUUUAACUCGCAUUUCUCACAAAUUGCAGACUCUGUCAUCCAUGAUACAACACAUCACGAACCAAAUUUAGAACCACUUCGACAAUUUGUGAAAACUCACCUUCCUGAUAACCACCACUUCACGGUUCCAGCCAUGUCUGCAGAAUACCUUCUGAAUGCAAUCAACAACUUGUCGUGUAACAAAGCAAAAGGAGUUGACUCGAUAAACAUCCACCUUCUUCAAGUCGGCUGCAACGAAGUCCUCCCAUCCCUUCUCUACAUCUAUAACACCAGCAUAACCUCGGGUAUUUUUCCAGACCAGUGGAAAAUCAGCAAGAUCACACCUGUGUUCAAAAAAGGCUCGCGACAAAAUAAGGAUAAUUAUAGACCUAUCGCUGUUUUGUCUGUGCUAUUUAUCUUUUAUGGUCUACAUCUACUUGGUUACCUUCAAGAACACAACUUGCUCACCAGUUCCCAAUUUGGAUCACGACCUUUCCACUCUUGUGAAACAAUGUUACUCCAACUUACAGACUCGCUACUUAAUGAUAUGGACAAAGGAAAUCUCAGCGGAAUUCUUCUUAUAGACUUCCGGAAAGCUUUCGACCUUAUAAGCUAUGACCUCCUACUACAGAAACUUGCCAUUUAUGGUCUUAAAGAUUCAACACUCCAGUGGUUCAAGUCUUAUCUCACGGAACGAAAGCAAUUAGUGUCCAUCGGACGUGCAUGCAACUUCAGAUCUCCUACCAGUACAUACCGGUGUUCCACAAGGUUCAUCACUUGGACCACUUCUCUUCAUUUUAUUCAUCAACGACAUACCACUUGUUAACAAAGAAUGCAAUUCCUACAUCUAUGUAGAUGACACCUCCUUCUCCUUUAUAACAGCAUAGCAAAGCCAACACUCGAGUAUUGUUCUAGCGUUUGGGGUAAUUGUAGUACAGACGCUCCUAGACGUGUAACAUCUGCCCAAAAACGUGCCGCGAGGAUUCUUCUAAACGCUGAUUACACUAUCCCAUCAAUAACAUUAUUCAAAGAAAUCAACCUUAUCCCAAUUCAUGACACCAUUCGCCACCGGAUGCUACUACAGACGUUCAAAUGCAUACAUGACAUCAGUCCACCAUGCCUCAGCACCCUCAUGGAAAAACCAACCCACCACCAUUCAACAAGAGCUAAUGCGAAUAAUAAUGUCCACAUCCCAAAAGCAAGAUCUAACGCAGGAAAACGACGAUUUUCAUUUAUGGCAUCUACCUUAUGGAACAGUUUCCCUAAUGAGGCAAAGAAAAUAACAUCGCAGCCGUCAUUCAACACAUAUUGCAAAAGUUACUUUAGUCAGAAACUCGCGAGUUCAACUAAACUUAACAGCAUAAGGCUUUAUUAA